GUGACUUUUUUGGCUCUUUGAAGCAGUACAGCUGGCCUAUGUAGCUGUCAUUAAGUGCUGUUACUGCUGUACAGUUUCUCAUGCUGUAGCAGGCGGCAAUUUCUGCUGUGCAUUUUACUGUGGUAUCGUCUGUAGUAUAAGGUCACGUCACUAGACGCCAUCUUGCAAGGGGCAUUCACAAGUAUAACUUGUUCGUCAAGAACAGAGACCUUCUAUCAACGUACCAAACUUCACGCAGCAGCCAACAAAAUGAAUCACCCAGAACGACAACACAGAGACUACCGGUACUCUCCUAUCCCCGGUGCCGGUACUGUAGGGAUAGAGCUACAGGAACUGUCAGAAAUGCAGGAUACCGGUCAUCAUGAUGGUGAACACUUUAUCCGCGAAGGGAGACCACUGUAUGCCAGUAACAACUGCAUGAGGAGUAAAACUGCUGUUACAGCGUUAUGUCUGACUCUGGUACUGGUCCUCAUCAUAGCGCUGGGGGUGGGAAUCAAGAUCGACCAACCAAGUACAACAAAUCCACGACCUACGGUCACGUCUUUGAAACUGAAAGAUUUCGCCUUCAGGGGAAGGGUGAAGAUACUCGUGGACAUCGAGUUAACUCCGGAAAUGGAUGCUCAGCUGCAUGACCCAUCUUCGGCUGUGUUUGUGACCCUUGCGAAAGAGAUAAAACAAUCGCUGGCAGCCACGUACAAGAAAAGCAGUCUAGCACACGCCUACAGCUUCACAGAGAUCAAGCGACUACGGAAGGGUGUCUUCUGUAACUUCGUCAUCCACUUCAGGGCUGACAGAGACCCGGACGUGCAAACUGUCCGGUCGGUGAUAGCCCACACCACGACACUAGGGCACCUAACCAUCGACCCAGAGUUUACAACUAUCACGCGCAAUGUACACCAGCCUGUGUCCAGCACUACAACAGCCUUACCUACUACUACUACUUCUACUGCUAUUACCACUACUACUACUACUACUACCACUACUACUACUCCUACUACUACUACUACUACUGGCACUACUACUGUUGCUACUACUGCCCAAGCUAGACCGACGACGACAAUGGCCAAAUCAACCAUUGGAAUCUCUACGGAGGGUGAAACCAUGCGUACAUCGUCAGAACUGCACCUUACGACGCCCCUGAUCCACAGACUUAGUGCUUCGACAGCUACCAGAAGGACCACAGACUCCACACCACCGGUCAUCAACACUAGCCUGUCAACAUGA